CUUUAUCUGGCGUAAUUGGUUUCUUAUCGAUAGGACACAUUGGCACGGUUCCCCAAAACUUCACGCGCCAGAAACCAGCUGCAUACCUCUAUCACUCACAUCUCCUGGUGCUUGCUUGCUAGCUUCUCCUUCUAACAAUUUCACGCGACAGUAUCGCCCCCUUUCAACUUCUUUCGCGCGAGGCUAUGUCCACCAGUACAGCAGAGCGUAUUUGUUGUACUAGCCUUCGCCUUUAAUUUACUUCUUUUCCUUUGUCAUCCUCCAUUCGUUUUAAUUUCUGGCCAAACAUCCAAACCUCCCGCGUAAAUCCAAUCUACCUACGUAAUCCUAUUUACAUGAAUGAAACACUAACCCUUUCGCUAUUUAGCUUUAGACCUUGCAAGGUUCCUAAACCAGACGGAAGGGCGAGGAAACUUAGUAGUCAUCCUUCAAAUUCUGCUCGCGACGUUUAUUUGGGGUCUGUAGCGACAUGCUCCAAUACAUUUCACCAUGUCUGUCCCUAAAGUACUUAUGAAUGCUUUCGAUAAUUUCCGCGAGUUCCCCGAAACUUCCCAUCUAUGUUGCCCAAAAAUCUCCGACGAAGAUGACGAGAUCUACGACGACCCAGAUGCCCCGAGUAAAAUUAGCCCCGCUGAGAAGCAGCAGAGGAUUGAGCAAGGCAAAGACCGGUUGAAUCAGACGUAUAUAUGUUCGUUGGUAUUAGGACUAGCCGAAGACUCGGCAGGAGAUCUAGGACAGGAGUUCGGUUUACGAACCAACAACUUCCUGAGGCUCUGUCCAACUUGUGUACGCAACUGGCACAAGGGGCGUAAGUCCUUUCUAAAGGACAUAUCCUUGGCUUAUGACGAUAGCGUUGUAUCCGAAAUGGAAGAUCGCCUGAACCAAUUCGACUUUAGCCGCAUCACCCAAGGCCUCGAAGCCGCCGCCGAGUUUAUCAAUGCUCAUAAUGGCGUAGCCGGUCAGAGCACUUUCCUUAAGGAGGAGAAAGAGGAGCUCCUUAUCUCUCUAUACGAAGCUAUUUGCUGCAUGCCAUACUUGAGCCUGCCGGAAAAUCGAAAGCAGUUUAAUUUCGUCUUCGAGUCUAUUCAAAAACGAAAGAUCCUUAAGUUGGAUGAGAUUCUACCUACCAUGACCUUUUUUCUCUUCGACGAGAACGAAAUCCGCAAUAGAUUCGCUGUCCACACCUUCUCUCGACAACCUUCCAUUACAGCCGAAGAUUUCGAGUGGGCAAUUCAUGACAACCUGGCUAAUGCCAUCCUAAAAGCCAAUGACAUCAAUGCCUCUGACCAAUUUUUGCUUCGGUUUUGGCAAGGCUUUCUUCAUAUCCUCAAUGUGCUUGAUGAGAACCUUGUGUUCCAUUCCCUGCGGGCAAUGUCCGUCCAACCAAGUAUAUAUGAUUUAAUGCUGGCACAAAUGCCUCGCAUCACUUCGGUUCAGGUCUUAAAAGUCCUGCUCAAGGCCUUUUGUUCUCUUAUACGAAAGUCGCCUAAAGCAUUCUGGGACGCGUAUAGCCAUUAUUCUCACACGGCCGUUGCUGAACAAAUACUAGGUAGCCCUGCCUUUAGAACUCUGCUCACCCAAUCUGGAGAGCACGAUUUGAUGUUGGAAGGGCCCGCGGCUAUUUCUUGGGUAAAACCUUUCGUAGAAUCGAUUCCUACCCACCAGAAGAGUGAUGCCUGCGAUUCCCUUUUGCAUCACUUCCUACAAAGAUAUGCCCAGGACCCAAGCAUGACGCCUGGAGGGAAGCUGGCUUGUACUCUCGCGGCGGUCGAGGCCCUAUCUUCUACUCUGGAAGCAUUUGUCUCACCAAGCUACAAGUUGCACGCUGGUUCUUCUACCAUUCACACGAACACGGCCUUGAAUCUCACAUUAAAAUAUAAAGAUCUCAUAAUCCAACUGGCCCAACUUCCGCCUAGUGACCGGCAAAAUGCCGCUAUGUCACAACUCGGCUUGUCCGUAAUCAAGUUUGCCCUUGCCCUGGAUUCCCGUAUCACCGUCGAGGAAUUUAACGCACUCCAGAAUAGCGAUAGCCAUGUUCAACGGGAGGUUAAACGAAAUUCAUCAGGGAUUUGGGAGGCGUUUUUGGAAAUUCUCCAACCCGGUGCAGAUGACCUAGCCAGAUCGAUGUUAGUUGCCACAGGCCCGUUAAUUGCCGUAGAGAUCUUCCGGCCGCUGAAGAGACAAUCACUAUCUCCGACGAAAAAGGAAUUCAAUAUCGAAUUUCAGAAGACGGCUGAAGUUAUUGGGCGGGCCAUUGAAAGAUUGGCCGACUUUAGCGAAUCCGCGCUUCAGAAUCUUUGCCAAGAUAAUGCCACGAUUUUGCCCAUCGUGGCGGCUCUCGUUCAUGGCGAAGAGGUUAUAAGCACAGCUGGUGCCUCUUUUAUCAAGACAGUCACCGGUGAGGUAAGAAGAACGGACGCCGUACUCAAAUUACUAGAGAGUUACUUCGUACACGCCUUGUCUUCCUACACAGCAGUUGUCAACGAUGUCAACGAGAAAAUGUCCCUUUGGUCGCCACAAUUUAAUAUUAUUCGAUAUUCUAGAGAUAUUCUUAGCAGUCUCUGCGACCCAACGUCUGGCAUACUUCGUUCAAAGGCUUUGACUGACACAGAACGUGAAGUUCUUGGUAAUUGGUGGAAUUCCCAAUGGAUUUUUCUUGAUAACGCUUUUACUCAGACGGAAGACUGGAGCCGAUUGAUCGAUAUGGAAACUAUGAAGAAUUUUUGUCGCGAGGCCAUGGAACUUGCAGAGGCUCUUCUAGCACAGGAUGGCCUUCUGGCCUCUGCCUUAAGCCCCCAGUCCGCCCAUUCCGCAUCGGUUGAUAACAGUGAACAGCCCGAGAAGCAGGCUAUGAGAGACAUUCUCGAGCAGCCGCGCAAGUACUGUUUAGGGCUUUGCAAGAUGCUCCGUCUGAAAGAUCUGUAUCUCGUUACGGUAAUCGUCAGUGUCGUUGGGAAACUUAUGAGACGACUGGUGGAAUUUGACAUGGAGCUGCCCUCGCAGGCUCUCGCUUUUGUCAAGAAUACCUGCAUUAAAAACAAAGAUGGGAGAUAUAAUACUCAAACGAACAUGAAUGAGCGUCAACGUGCUGAGUUAAUUAGAGCUUUGGGAGAGGAUACUCAAGAAGACGAUAUCCAGAUUAUUUCGGCCAGGAAGAGCGAGCCCCUGAAACGACAAACUAAGCUUGAUGCUUGGUCAAAAGCGGGCCCCGAGACGUCAAUGUCAACUAGUUCACAGAGAGAGAAAAUAGCUGUUAGAUCGAGCAAAGAUGAUAUACGCGAGCUGCUAAAGACCUCUUCUUCGGAGAAGACCCGGGCCACCUUGGAUCUGAUGAAAGCUCGCCAGGCAGAGCGAAAACCCCCAGUCGUCGACGUGGCAGCUAUCCGUGAAAAGCGUCAGAAGGAAGCUGAGGAAAAGAAAAGGAGAAACGCCGAAGUUAUUGCUAGAGCUAAGGCUCUACGAGCUCCCAAACCACUCGUCGGUGGUGAAGGAUCCGGUCUUCAGGGGCUUUCUGGUGUACAAGGCAAGGAUCACGCACCGCAGAAGAGCGAGAUUAUGGUCAACUCUUCCUCGGAAGACGAAGAAGACGAAGAAGAUGAUGCUGAAUUCUUGGCCAGGUCUGCUGCAGGGCAGAAAACUUCUAAGGGCGGGCAAUUUGUGAAACUUAAUGUGCGGCUACCGGUGAAGAAGGUAAAGAUCCAACGUUCUGCAAAGGAUAUGCGGGCGCGAUUGAUCCCUCCCAUGGACGUUUUACAUCAGGCUAUUCUCGAAUGGGACAUUUUCCACGAAGGCAGUGACCCCCCGAACGGCAUAAAAUGCUCUCAGGUCUCUAAUUCGUACGGAGACCCGCGGGAGUACAAAGAAACAUUCUUGCCGCUUCUCAUCAAUGAAGCUUGGAGAUCUUUUGUCACGGCUAAAGACGAAGCGACCUCAAAACCUUUCGGAAUCAAGGUUGUCAACCGGAUGAACGUUGAUAAAUUUGUCGAGGUCAGCACAGCUAUGCCUAUAACCGAAAAUAAGGAUAGGUUCCUAUCAGAAGGAGAUAUCAUCCUGUUCUCACAUGCCUCAAAUCCAUUGGAAGCAACAGAUGAGUUACACUGCCUUGCACGGAUCUGGCGUGUCCAGUUUAAGAACGGCAAUUUAGAAGUACAAUACCGCCUGAGCGGUCGGGCUGGCCCUAUCCUAUCCACCUUGAUGCCUCAAGCCGAGCUCUACGCCGUGAAGAUUACGAACAUGACUACAAUUGAACGUGAAUAUGCUUCUCUGGAAAGUCUUCAGUAUUAUGACUUGAUGCCGGAGGUGCUAGAGGCCAAACCUUCACCUAUGCUCAAAUUUAGUCAGGAGGCGAUUGAUCAAGUCAUGCAGAACUAUCAACUCAAUCCAGGCCAGGCAAAGGCAAUUCUUAAUGCGAAAGAGAACGACGCAUUUACACUUGUCCAAGGUCCGCCGGGAACGGGUAAAACGAAAACAAUUGUAGCCAUGGUUGGCGCUCUUCUAACAGGUAGCUUCUCUACAACUAGUGGCACGGCUAUCAAGCGUCCUGGAGGGGGCAAUCCAACAGGCGGUAAAGGAAUGGCCAAAAAAUUGUUGGUCUGUGCCCCAAGUAACGCUGCUGUCGACGAAUUAGUAUUACGUCUUAAGGGUGGCGUCAAAUCAAGCACGGGCUCAUUUCAUAAGAUUAAUGUCCUACGUCUUGGCCGCAGCGAUGCCAUAAACGCGGCCGUAAAAGACGUCACUCUAGACGAGAUGGUCAAGGCUCGCGUCGAGGGCACUGCAAACCAGAAUAACGGGCCCAGCUCACGGGAUUUGAUGCACCAAGAAGCUGGUCAGAUCAAGUCGGAGUUGGCUGAACUACGACCACAACUAGAAGCAGCAAGGGCUGUCGGAGAUCGCACACAGAUUAAUCAGUUACAACGAAAAUUCGAUGAGCUAAAGCGCCGUCAGGCCCAGAUUGGCGCCAAAAUUGAUGCUGACAAGGAUAGUGGAAACACAGCCGCGCGAGAGAGCGAAAUUCGACGACGUCAAAUUCAACAGGAGAUUCUUGACUCGGCUCAAGUUCUAUGCGCAACACUCAGCGGUAGCGGACAUGAGAUGUUCAAGAAUCUACAAGUUGAGUUCGAGACAGUGAUCAUUGAUGAAGCGGCCCAAUGUGUUGAGCUCAGCGCGUUGAUUCCUCUGAAGUACGGUUGCUCCAAAUGCAUCCUCGUUGGAGAUCCAAAGCAGCUUCCGCCGACAGUACUCUCACAAUCUGCUGCGCGGUAUGGAUACGACCAGAGUCUUUUCGUUCGUAUGCAGCGCAAUCACCCCGACGAUGUUCAUUUACUCGAUACGCAAUAUCGUAUGCAUCCAGAAAUCAGCCUGUUCCCUAGUCAAGAAUUCUACGAGCGACGUCUCGUAGACGGUGGUGAUAUGAGGAAACUACGAUAUCAACCGUGGCAUCGAAGUGCAUUAUUAGGCCCAUACCGUUUCUUCGACGUGAAGGGUAUCCAAGAGAAGGGUCGUAAAGGCCAGUCACUUGUUAACUUGGAAGAGCUAAAAGUUGCCAUGCAAUUAUAUGACAGACUAAUAGCGGACUAUUCGACAGUUGAUUUCAAGGGGAAAAUCGGAAUCAUCACACCUUACAAAGCUCAGUUAUACGAGCUCCGUGAGCGGUUCUCUCGUCGGUACGGAGAGCAAGUCAAAGAGCAAAUCGAGUUCAACACUACCGAUGCUUUCCAGGGUCGCGAGUGUGAGAUCAUCAUUUUCUCGUGUGUCCGAGCCAGUCCUACAGGCGGUAUUGGUUUCAUGACGGAUAUCCGACGUAUGAACGUUGGUUUGACCCGUGCGAAGUCGUCGCUUUUUAUCUUAGGAGAUUCAAGGGCUCUAGUUCAGGGAGAGUUCUGGAAUAAGCUUAUCGAAGAUGCCAAGGCCCGAGAUCGUUACACUGCCGGUGAUGUCCUCUCUUUGCUUAGGAAGCCCGGGGCCCAAUUACCACCUCCUGACUUCGAUAUCCCACCUACACCGACGCUCUCAGCCUCGGAUCGUCAGUCUACCAACACCAAUGGUUCCAGGGAGGUGAAUAUCGAGGAUCUGAAGAUCACUUCGAACAGGUCCAUGCAGGUUAAUGAUCAAGACGUAAUCAUGGAAGAUGCCGCACCUCCUAAUCGAUUACCCAAAAGGAAGCAUCAAACAUCCCAACUGCCGCAGACCUACACUAUCAUCGAGCGACAAGGGCAAGGUGGCCCGACGGAUAAGUCAGCGCAAAUAGGAUACGGGGGACUCAACGAGCGUGGCGAAAGCGCCAGAGUAAUUAGUUCUUCCGAACGCCCUGUUAUACACCAGUCGGGCCAAAAACGGCCUAGAGAUGGCAGCGAAGACGGCAAAAUGCCGAAGAGGAUCGCCAGUGACACUCAACCGCGACCCCCACCAAGCGCUCCUCGAGCGAUGCCGCAACCACAAGACCCAUCGGCAAUGGCCGUACUAGGUAUUCCACCAAAGCACUCUUCAACGACGCGUAAUCCAUCCUCGGCACCUCCAAAUGCCCCUAAGGGUCCAUCUGGCUCCGUACCGCCUAAGCCGCUCCCACCAAGGAGAAAACCCACUUCUUCUGAUCCUUUCAUCAAACGCAAACCUAAUAGACCGCGAUAAUAUUCACAGGCAGGAUACAUUCAUCUUUGUAGGGCGGGCGUCACAGGUAAUAACGGUAUCUAAACACAUUCCCAUGGCGUACGGCUUUGAGUUUUUCUAGUCAUUGUAAAUAACGCUAUCCCAUCUUGCCUUCACGGACUUUAAUUACCUAGGUAGUCUUGGCGGGCUUUUUUGAUAUCGGGGCAUCAUGUCUUAAUGCGAUACAGGGCACGAUUUCAUAGAAGGGUUAGACUAGGUCGCCCUCAUAGACUCAGUCUAGGGCUAGGUAUAGCCUCAGGUGGUUAAAUGUCUACGAUGAGCCCGAUUUAAGACUAGGGCUAAGCUGCCUACCUAAGGUAAGUAGACUGUGGUCUGGUCUAUGAUAUCCUGUGACUUGAUUCUAUACAUGAAAUUUCCGGUGCUCGUGAUUUAGCAUUUUCAAUUUGAGGCGAUUUUUUUUCUAUAUAUAUAUAUAUAUAUAUA